CUGGGCUGGGCGCCUGGUUCUCCGCUCAGUCCAGAAAAGUACUCUGAUGGCUGCGGUCUUUCUAGCGACGCUCUAUGAAUACUCCCCUCUUGUCUACAUCGCAGUGGUCUUUACCUGCUUCAUUGUGACCACCGGCUUGGUAUUGGGACGGUUUGGUUGGGAUUUUCCAGUAAUACUAAGAAAUUCAGAAGAGACCCAGUUCAGCACAAGAGUUUUCAAAAAGCAAAUGAGACAAGUCAAAAAUCCUUUCGGCUUAGAGAUCACCAACCCAUCUUCAGCUUCAAUCACAACUGGCAUAACCUUGACAACAGAUUGCCUUGAAGACAGCCUCCUUACAUGCUACUGGGGGUGUAGUGUUCAAAAGUUAUAUGAAGCUCUGCAGAAGCACGUUUACUGCUUCAGAAUAAGUACUCCCCGAGCUCUAGAAGAAGUUCUGUAUAGUGAAUACCUCCAUCAAGAGCAGUAUUUUAUUAAAAAAGACAGCAGAGAAGAAAUAUAUUGCCAGUUACCAAGCGAUACCAGGAUCGAAGACUUUGGUACGGUGCCCAGAUCUCGGUAUCCACUCAUAUCAUUGUUGACACUAGCUGAUGAGGACAGCCGAGACAUUUACGAUAUUAUUUCAAUGGUGUCAGUAAUUCAUAUUCCUGAUAAGACUUACAAGCUCUCCUGCAGAAUAUUGUAUCAAUAUUUACUCCUGGCUCAAGGUCAAUUUCAUGAUCUUAAGCAACUUUUCAUGUCUGCAAAUAAUAACUCCACUCCCUCGAGCAGUACUUCUCCAGAAGAAAAGAGCAUAGACCAGAGUUUGUUGGAAAAGGCAGGACUCGGUGAAGGUGAAGUGGGGCCCCCGGAGGAGAACAGCAAGGACUGUGUGGUGUGCCAGAAUGGGCCGGUGAACUGGGUGCUUUUGCCGUGCCGGCACACGUGCUUGUGUGACGGGUGUGUCAAGUACUUCCAGCAGUGCCCAAUGUGCAGGCAGUUUGUGCAGGAAUCUUUCACACUCUGCAGUCCAAAAGAGCAAGAGAAAGACAAACUGAAAACUCUCUGAAGAUAUUGGUGGAACUGAAACAGUACACUUUCCACUGAAGAUGCAGAAUUUUGUGUUCCUGGAAUUAAUCAUAAAGUGGAAUCUACAGUAUUAAUUGUCAAUAUAAAUUAUAUUUUAACUUCAUAUAGCACAUGGGUGAUAAAGAUUAAUCAUUCCUUUCAGCUUGGUAUGGUAAAUACUAGAAUACCAUCUGUGUUAUACAUAAAAAUUCAACUC